GAGAACCAAGAAUCUUCACCAUCAACUAAGGAAACGUCUCAUAAUUAUCAAAGGACUUUUCUGGUGGAGCACACAACUAUAAAUAAAAUAAAAUAAUACUCAAAAGGGGCACUGAAGCUCUAGACUUCUAGAACUCCAAGUCUUCUACUUCAGUUCAACCGAAUUAAAGCAGACAAGGGGUUUUCUCUGUCUUCAAGUCUGAAGAAUUAAAGAGCUGCCUGCCCAACAUUUAUUUUUAGUUCAAUGUUGCGUGGGUCUCGCUUGGUCAGGCCUUUUCAGUUCCAAGGGACAAGUUCAGAUUGGCUGCCAUCUUCUAUCACGAAGAGCCCUGCAAUCGCUGCUGCCACUAACACCAUCCUCUUCUUGGGUCUCUUCAUAAUUUCUGCUGCCAUUUUGUUUUCUUAUUGGAUCCAAAUUUCCAAUUUUCAGAUUGGUAAUUCUGCAAACGAAACCAUAUUAAUCUCCAACAAGUAUCAGGAACCCUUUAAGGUGAUUGAAUUCCCACUCAACUGCUCUAUUGGCAGCAAUAUUAACCAGACACAAACCUGCCCAACAAGCUACCCUACAACCUUUGGCAACCUUGAUGAUCUUGAGCCAUCAUCAAGCCCAAUAUGCCCGGAUUAUUUUCGGUUCAUCCACCAGGACCUAAUGCCAUGGAAAGCCACAGGGAUCACAAGGGACAUGGUGGAGAGAGCAAAGGAAACGGCACAUUUUAGGCUAGUGAUUGUGAAGGGCAAGGCCUAUGUUGAAAAGUACAAGAAGUCCAUACAGACAAGGGAUGUGUUUACUAUAUGGGGCAUUUUGCAGCUUCUUAGGAGGUACCCUGGGAGACUGCCUGACUUGGAGCUCAUGUUUGACUGUGAUGAUAAGCCGGUGAUCCGAUCAAGAGACUUCCGGGGACCAAACUCGACUCAGGUGCCGCCACUGUUCCGGUAUUGUGGUGACAGAUGGACUAAGGACAUUGUGUUCCCUGAUUGGUCCUUUUGGGGUUGGGCUGAGAUUAACAUAAAACCAUGGGAAGGUUUGUUGAAAGAUCUCAAGAAAGGCAACGACAGGAGAAAAUGGAUGGAAAGAGAACCUUAUGCAUACUGGAAAGGAAACCCUUUUGUUGCUGAAAGCAGGAAAGACCUCCUCAAAUGCAAUGUCUCUGACUCACAGGAUUGGAAUGCUCGCCUAUUCAUCCAGGAUUGGAUCCUUGAAUCUCAGCAAGGCUUCAAGCAAUCAGAUGUAGCAAGCCAAUGCACACACAGGUACAAGAUCUAUAUUGAGGGAUAUGCAUGGUCUGUCAGUGAGAAAUACAUUCUAGCCUGUGAUUCAGUAACACUAAUUGUAAAACCACAAUACUAUGAUUUCUUCACAAGAAGUCUGCAACCAGUGCACCAUUAUUGGCCUAUAAGGCAUGACGACAAAUGUAAAUCCAUUAAGUUCGCUGUCGAUUGGGGCAACAACCACAAACAAAAGGCCAAUGCAGCUUCUGGAAUGGCUGUGCACGAUGACUGCAAGCUGAAGUUCUUGGAGCUAAAAGCAAAGAGGAACUAUCGAUUCAUUCUGUUCAAGAUUGAACAACAACAAAUUGUGAUUGAUAAGCUCGGGGAACCUAAUGAGAGUUAUGAUGAUUUCACCUCCAGUUUUCCUGCUGAUGAGUGUCGUUAUGCUGUCUUUGAUUUCGAUUUCACUACCGAAGAGAACUGCCAGAAAAGCAAGAUUUUCUUCAUUGCAUGGUCACCGGAUUCAUCGAAGGUGAGGAUGAAGAUGGUGUAUGCUAGUUCCAAGGACAGAUUCAAGAGAGAAUUGGAUGGCAUUUCAUUCGAAUUGCAAGCAACAGAUCCAAGUGAGAUGAGCUUGGACAUAGUGAAAGGGCGAGUCUUCUAAGCCAAGCCACCCCUUUUGCUCUCUUCUCCAAUCUUUCAUGCUUUCCCUCACUGUUUCCUUUGGAGGCCACCAAAUUUUAUAGCCAUUAUUAUUACUUGGACUUUUGUUUAAAAAAACUCCAAAUUAGCCAAGUGAAUCUGUGAAUGUAAUAUGUACUCUUCUGUAUAACGUCAACAGCCAUAUUCGAAAAACAAUAGAGUUUUUGGGAUUAAACAAAGGCUCUCAAAACCAAAUUGGCUGCAGCCAUGAGAGCAUUAGUUGAUGCUUGUGGAUGCUGCUUUGAAUAGGGUUGCUUCCACUUAUCUAGUGUUGCUCUUAGACAGAUUGUUAUGAGUAGAGCAUGAUAAUCUCUGGUUUAUAGCAAUCUCAGUUUCUAUACCCCUUGUUUUUUUCACUCGGGGUGAUUCUGUGUAGUGUGUUUUAUAUAUUGUUGUCA